GUCGAGCGGCUCAACCAGUCCGUCGGGUCUAGAUCUCGGUGAGCAGAACCAGGCAGACACCUCCACAGCACAAAGCUAUCCCGCAGGCUCUAUGCCAGUUACAGGCCAGCCUAACACUCCGCCUAAUCCCCGGCGUAAUAAACCGGUAACCCGCAACUCGGGCGAUUCGGGCUAUCACUCUAGCGUCACCCCAGGAACAAGAACCGGCGAGGAUGAGGAGGGGACACCCAGCCGAAGGGCCGGUGUAGAUAGGUCCAAGAAGGAGCGCAAGAUCCCCGACGGUGACGAGACCAGGGGAAACCCAGCAGCCAGAGAAGUAAAGAGUCCCUACGAAGUCGACGACGAAAUCAGCAAAGUGAUCAAAGAACAACUUCCCGACAAAGAUCUGAACGAGACCAACGGUAUCCCAUACACUUUCCAUGUCCGCCGCGGCCUAUCCCCAACUACAGUUGUCAAGGUCGGCUCGACAACAAAGACCAUCCAAGACCGAAUGGCCCAGCUGGAAAAAUUGCACAAGAACUGGCAAUACAACCUCGCCCCAGGCGUCAACACGAUCCCAGUUCGCCACUACCUCCGCGUCGAGCGCCUGGCCCAGAAGGAGCUACUCAACCACCGCGUCGACCAGGGGGACUGCCUCCUCUGCCCGACAAACCACCGCGAAUACUUCCUCACCAAUUCCGACGUCGCCAUCGCCGCGGUGAACCGCUGGAGGAGGUUCUGCGAUGCGGAGCCCUACGACGAGGCCGGAUGCCUCCGGCCCUUCUGGGCGCGCCGCCUGGAGAGGCGCAUCAAGCCACACGAGGAGGAGACAGAGGACGACCACGCCGGCAGGGGGGAGCGGUGGGACUGCUUUAUCAGGGUCUCCUGGAUGAGUUACGUUCUGUACGACGUCGAGUGCUUCGUCAGGGCCGUGAGGACCUCGCCGCUGAGGUGGCGGUGGUGUAGCUUCGUGCAGGCGUUGGCGUACCUGCUGCUGCCGGGGGUGGUGAGCUGGGCUGUGAGCUUGGCUGUCGUGGGGUAUUUCUUUGUCGAGGAAUCGGCUUUUGGGAGGGAGUUGGCAAGAUAUGUCAAUGCCCUGUUUGAUCUCAAUUAUCCGAAGACGGUCAAGGAGGGUGACGAUGCCGAGGUGCCGCCGCUGCCGUUGCCGCCGUGGGUCUCUGAACUCGUGCCGGAGGGCGCGCGUGCUCUGAUGCCGUGUUGGCUUCCUCGGUAUUUACCGGCGGAACGUCCCCAGUGGUUGAAGUUGGCUCUGUCCGAGAGGAAUUUCCCACAGUCGAAGAAGUCGAUCAGGGAUCUAUGUGGCUGGUGGAAGAAGAGGAAGACGGAAUAUCUUGGCCCUGGGGAUACCUCUGCGAGCGUUUUGCGACUGGUUUUCGGCGACACCGAUGUGCUGUUGUUGGAAUCAUUGUUGGUCGCCUUUGUUCUGUCUAGGACCUUUUACUUCAUUUCUGGCUUCGGCAUUUGCAUGGCUUUAGGUUUGAGACUCUUGAAGAAGCUUCUCCGGAAAGUCUGACAAGCCACACGGGCUUAGGGCAGGGAAGUGUGCCGAAUCGAAUACAAUUCGAUGCAUGAUUCACGAUGAAUUGCCAGCGUUCUCUAAGCCGUUGGGAUAAUCAUCU